AUGUUUACUCAUCAUAACUACGAGAGCACACAUGUGAGUCCUCUUCUUCACCUCCUCUCAUUGAUCCUCUCUGCUCUCCAGUUUCUUUACCACGCCUGGAUCACUGACCCCAAAGCUGCGCUAAGAGCACGAGCCAAAGAGAAACGCAAAUUUUGGAAAAAAUACACAAAAGUAGUGAGACGUAAAAAAAACAAAAAGAAAGAUGCAGGUCAUGUGACCAUAGAUCUUGGUGAGCUCUCAGAUGGGCAAGACAAACGAGAGGAGGAAAACCCAAAUGGUCCAGAUAACAUCAUCAAGCGAGUGUUCAACAUCCUGAAGUUCACCUUCGUGCUCUUCCAGACGACGGUGGACAGCUUCACGCAGUGGAUGAACGACAUGUGCAGAGAGUACAUCGACAUCUCCACGGUGCUGCGAAUAGAGCGCUGCAUGCUGUCCAGAGAGGUCAAAAAGGGCAACGUGCCGUCCAAAGACAGCAUCCACGUCCUGUACCAGAAGGCCAUGAAGCUCAACAUGUCCCGCCAGGCCAGCCUGGAUCAGCUGAGUGAGGACGACUCGGCCUCGGCCUCCACCAGGCUGCGCAGACGGAGGAGACCGUACCCCAUGGAGAGCCAGGACUCCACGGCCUCCAGAGACAGCAUCUCCAGUGGGUACACCGAGGCCACCAAUCUGUUUUCUCGCCAAUCCACCCUGGAAGACCUGGACGGGAUGCCGGAGUGCAUUCCCAAAACCAGCGAGCGCGCCCGGCCCAAACUGCGCAAGAUGUACGGCCUCGACGCCUCCACCUCCUCCGUGGACAGCUGCAGCAGCUUCAUGUCCAGUGAAGCGACCCAGGUUGUGAUGCUGUACUCCAGGCAGGGCACCACAGACACCAUAGAAGAAGUGGAGGAUGAGCACGAUCAAGGGGAAGACAAACAGCAGGCGGCUCCCUGGGAGUCCCAACAGCUGGACGAGAGUGAGGGGGCCGAGGGGGGCGGCUGGAGUGAUGCAGACCCCAGGGACCAAAAGGAGGAGGAGGAGGAGGAGGAGGAGGAGGAGGAAGGUGAGGAAGGGAUGGAGGUACCAAAGGAGCAGGAGAGAGAAAAGAAGGCUCCCUGGGACUCCCUCGGCCCAGAUGAGGGCCCCUCGCUCAGGGUGAAGGAGACAGAGUCCGCUCAGGAGAAGGACUUCACCACUGACAGUGAGGAGGGGGCAGGACAGCCGGGCUUCACCCCCACAGAGGGGAGAGUCGGGCUGAUUUACACUCCUGACACAGACGCUUCCAAAACGUCCGACGCUGAAAUUCCUCCGAGCUACAGCAAGGCCGUCAGCUUCGACCGCCUGGAGCUGAGCGACGACGAAAGCGACAUGGACAGGAAGAGGGGGGGGCGGAUGUUGAUGACCUCCGACAGCCGCUCCGACAGCAGGUCCGACCUCAUGCUGCCCUCCAUGACAACCGAGCUGACCGCCAGCGAACUGCUGCUCAACAAGUGA